AUGACGGAAGAAGAAGCCACCACAGGCCCCAUUACGGCGGAUGGGGACAUGCCCCAAAAGAAAUUCUAUCGUCAACGAGCCCACUGCAAUCCGUUGGCGCACAAUGAUUCCUUUCAAUAUCCACAUACCGUGGAAGACACAUCGUGGCUGGCCCAACACUAUCCGCACAAUCGCCGCCCGACCGUGUUGGAUUGCGGAUGUGGAUUUGGUGGAUUGACCGUGGCAUUGGCGAAAGCGUUACCCGAAGAAGUCAUUAUGGGCAUGGAGAUUCGCGCCAAAGUGACCGAAUACGUUCGUUUGCGGAUUGCGGCACUGCGAUCGGAAAGUUCUACUGGCAGUAGUUGUUACGACAAUGCCAGUGUCAUGAGGACCAAUUCGAUGAAAUUCUUGCCCAACUUUUUCCCACGGGGAUCGAUCCAGAAACUCUUUUUCUGUUUUCCCGAUCCUCAUUUCAAACGCAAGAAUCACGGUCGACGCAUUGUAUCGGAACGACUCUUGACGGAAUACGCCUUUUUGUUGGUGCCGGGACAAGGACGACUCUACUGUAUUACCGAUGUGCAAGAAUUGCAUCAAUGGCACGUCCAAAAAUGCAAUGCUCAUCCACUCUUUCGGCGGUUAAAGGAAGAGGAAAUCAAAGAUGAUCCCUGUGUCGAAUUGAUGAAGAAUGAAACCGAAGAAGGCAAGAAAGUGACCAAGUUGGGGGGCGACAACAAAAAGGGAGAAAAAUAUUACUGUGUGUACCAGAGAAUUUUGGAUGCGGAAAUACCACCCGUGCAAGCCGACAAUUUCUUUGCUAUUGAGGAAGAUGAAAAUGAAAGCAACAACAACAAUGAAAGUCAAGAGUGA